AUGAUUGUCAUUUUGUUGCUCACCUCUGGAUUAUGGGACAUGUCUGUGCCAUCACACAGUAAUCAGACAGCUGGACAUGGCUUCGAUUUCGACGGUUUCAAGAUAGUCACAGUCAUGGUUUUCAACUCUAUUUUCAAUAUUGGUGCCGCUGCAGCUUUAUGGUUUCACCACGCUCCCGAUUAUCCGGGUGGAUACUCGAGAGCCAUACGAGGAGGAGCCGAUUCCAAGGAGGGCGUAAAAAAGUCCGCGGAAGGUAAGAAAAAGAAGAAGAAGAAGUCCAGUGAAGCGAAGAAAAAAGGAGACAAGAAGGGUUCUAAGGAGUCUCAAGAAGUUUCCGCUCCAGGGAAAGCAUCUGGUGAAGAAACGGAAGGCGAGAAGCAGAAGACUCCCUCUAAAGAGGCCAUUCCGGAUGCAGCACAACAGGAACCGAAGCCUCCAUCGUUAAAGAAAGAUCCCAAUCAAAAGGAUUUCCAAUAUUUCGAGCCACCUAAACCACCCGAAGAAGCGCCCAAUCAACUUGAGAAGCCGAGAGCACCAGGAGAAGGGGCUCAGGAAUGA